GGGUGGCGGGGGGGGGGGGGAGGCGACAGGCUGGCUUUUGCCCGAAUUAAAACAAAAUGCCCGUAUCUGAAUAACAUUUAUUCAUAUUAGCAUUACUACCAAGAAGCUAUAUAGGGUUACGAAAAGAAUCACUGCGUAUUCACAUUGGAUAUUUUGCAUGGUUUCCCCCUGCAAUUUUUGUUUUAGAAAUUGAUUUUAUGUAUGAAAAGAAUGUGAAAUUUACAAUUUGAACGUUUACUCUUCCGGCAGGAAUUUUUUAUUUUACUUUUUAUUUACAGCUAAAAUUUCUCACUCACAAUUUUACAGUGUAAUCAGUGUGCUAUGUUUACUGAUGCAGCGAUUGCUAUAAAUUACUUAAGAAUUUUUCCCUUUUUCAAACAAGCUACAAACAAUUCAUUAGAACCUUGCGAUAUGGAUGUUUUUUCAGAUACACUUACGAUUUUAGCAGCAAAAAACUAUGAAAACAAACUUAAAAUGAAACGUAAGUCACAUUUAAGCAGUGGGCGUGGAGGAAAUAAUUUGACUGUUUGUGGAUGUGUUGAGUCCAAUCCAGGUCCAACUAGCAUGAAACCAUUCCCCGAAGCUUUCUAUGACAAUGAAACAUCAGAAACUGACAAAUGUCGAAUGCGUAAAUGCGUGACCUGUCCUAAUUUCAAGCAAAUCAGCCGCCAGAAAUGGCUUUCUGUUACAGGAAGUUUUGCAUUUGCCAGAUAAUCCAGAUGCACUUUCUGCAACCAAAAGACUCUUUCCUAUGUACAACAUACAUGUUCUUGCUUUUCCAACAUCAGUCUGUCCAUCUUGUCUAAGAAAUCUGGUCAAUCCAGACUCCAAACACAACUUCUCAGAAAAACGGAAGUCCCAGAUUAAAGAACAGCUGGAAAGAGCAUUAGAUAUUCGAAAAACGAGAUCUGAACAAACAGAUCCCAGUUUAAUUAACAGUCCUUCAUGCAUUAUCAAGAAGAAAGAUGCACCUUCAAACAUCAACAAACUAAUAUCUCCGCAUCGAAGAAAACGCACUGUAAUAAAAACAAAGUCUUCAGCAAGUAUUAAUCUUGAUGAUGCAUUUGCAAUGAGUUCUGCAAUGAGGUCCACAGGAAGAAGUUUAGCCCGUGGUUUGGAAUCACUUGGUCUUCGUGGUCUCAGUGUUCCAUCAGGAGCGAACUAUAGAAAACAUAAAUCAAAACUCAAUCAAAUUUUUGCCAGCAACUUUGAAUCAGUGGACUGUAAUCUUUCACCAGAUGAUGGUGCUGCCAUAAUGUGUAAACAUGUUGCAGGUUUUUUGGAAAAAAGUACUGCAAUUAAAGGCAAGCAAAAGAAAGACGUUGCCUUAAUAAAGUUUAAUGUUGAUGGGGGUCGUGGUUCACUAAAAUUGUGUGCCCAGGUUAUCUAUGCUGAUGAUCCUGUUCUGAGGAAAAAUGCUACUGAAACAGAACGAGCUGCAUAUGCCAAAGAAAAUGGUGGUGUAUUUGAUACAAGUGUUCGUCGGGUGUUCAUUCUGGGACUGAUCAGUGGAGCGAAGGAAACUUUUGAAUCAACAAAAUUCCUUUGUGAUUCGCUAAUUGAUUUGGAUAAUCUGAAGUCCUACUUUGUAAAUGCUGAGAUUGUUGUGCCAGUAGACAUAAAACAAGCUAAUAAAAUGGCUGGAAUUGGAGAACACGGAUCUCUUCGACCCUUGUCUGGUGUUCUCACCCUGGAAAAAACAUUCCAAACCAGAAGUUGCUCGUACAGCACUCGCAAUCAUUGCUGAUAAUGAAGCACGAAUCAAAGAGGAACAAAAAUGUGGCCAUGCUGAUCCAAAAAACUACAACAGCGUUCAUACAGCUCCUGUGAAUUUUAUCAGACAACAUGGAGAUCGUCCACUUCUUGAUAUAUUUCCACCACCACAACUUCAUUUUAAUCUUGGAGUUGUAACAGCCCAUGUUGAAUUUUUGGAGAAGCUUGACACUGAAUUGACCAACAAAUGGCUUGCUGCUGUUGGUGUGAACAGAGAUGUGAAACGUGGUGGAAAAACUUCUUUUGCAGGGAAUGCAUGUCACAAAUUGGCCAAGUCUACAGACCAGCUUACAGCUCUGCUUCCAAAGCACCAUCAGAACUUGUCAAGUUCAACUUCUAAACAACUAUCUGUAAAAUCAGAAGAAUAUCGGUAUGAAAUUAUUCGGCGACUUAUUGCAUCACUUUCUAAUCACAAAUUAGUGGCAUUUCCUGGUAUAUUAAUGACGGAAACAAACCAAUGAACUAAAAUACUUCAAAUAGCAAUUAAAAACAACUCCCAGAAAUGUAAACAAUAAUAUUUUGAAUUUCAUAGUAUUUAACAUUUAGAAUCCAUAUCUAAAAAGAAAACUGCAGGGGGAAACCAUCUGAAAUAUCCGAUGUGUAUUGUUUACAUGAAUUCCUAAUUUUGAGGGUAGAAUGAUUGAAAUACAUGGUAAAAAGGUCUCAGGUUAGCACAUUUUGCCCGAAUCUCUAUAAUUUUGCCCGAAUUUGAGAUGUUACUCCAGCACAAGCAACUGUCCCCUUAUCUCGUACGCUUAUGUUGCUACACAACAGAAAAUUCUAGUUGGUAGUGCGGAACAGAUGUUUAAAAGUUAUAAAAUACAGUAUGUGUAGGCCUAUGUGACAUUAAAGGAAUGCUAAAGCAAGGCUUUUGGCCUGGUAUGCAUAUUCAACGAUACAUAAUGCACAUUGUUGCUUAAUAUCAACAAGUAUAAUCGUAUAGUUAAUUAAUAAAACGGUUAAAUGUGACGGCUAUCAUAUAUAACGGGCGCAGCCAUUUUGUACCAUCCCAGUGAAUUCGCCCUCUGGCGAGCAGGGGCCGUAUGCAUGAGGGGCGGAUAAGUCCACUAUCCGGGAAUAGUGCCUAUCCGCCGGAUAAGUGGGGAAAUUUGGUAUGCAUAACGGCAGGAUAGAGCUCCCCGAAUAGCCUAAACGCGAAUAACGCUAUUCGCUACAUUUUCUCCGUAUAAAGGCCUAUCCGCCGGAUAAGUCUGAAAGGAAAAUGGCCGCGCUGGUGUGUUGCGAUUCAGAAACAGGCAAAUAUGUGGACAAAACUGGUUAUUUCUUGAUCGAACAAAGCAAUUUGACACGUUUUAUAAUGUGGAAAAACAUGAAGAAUUUAAAUUUGAACAACAAGAUAUUCUGAAGAUCACAGAUGAAAUAUCAGUCGGCUGGGCGUGUUAACAUCGCUGUCAAAAAUCUACAGAAGUACAAGUUUGCAACACUUUCAAUAUGUCUACGGUAAAUCAUCGGUGAGGAACUUGUUUUUAUGUAAUAAUUAUUACAUAUUAAAUAAUACAUGUAUGUUGUUCAUGAAAACACGUCGACAACUUAUCCAAAAAUGGGAAGGUUAUUUGGGGAACAUACAAAAAUGGAAAUAUAGAAUUUAAUCUGUAUGUCUUUAUUGGGGUGGGUAUGCCUGGGAAUAUAAACAACGGCUUGUCAAACAACUAGCCUAAGGUAAGCAAAUAAAGUUUUAGAUUUUCACUAAAUUGUCAGCGUAAAUAAUAUUAAACCACCGGAUGAUUGAAAUGGCCAUGCACAGUACUGUAGUGUAGGCUACCCUUUUAGUGGAACAUAGUUUUCGUAACUGAAACAAAUAGUUUAAUUUUAUUUUUUAUUGAAAACGUGCAAGAUAUAUAAUAAUUAUAUAAGCUACUUUCAUUGAUUCGUUGACUCACUUAUUUAUGUAUUGGUUCAUUUUAUGUUAUAGACAUGCAUCAGUCAACAUUUUGGUGAGAUGGACUGACAACACUCUUCAGCAGGUACAUAGCACAUACGUUGCUGUACACUCUGGUUGUGAACCCAAGUACAUCUGAAGUGAAGAUAUACAGCUGGACAAAGUUCAAGCAAGUUGAAUGUGUGCCUUUUGGAACAUUCUAAGAUUCAUAAAGUUAUUACGGUUUGUGUAAUGCUGCAUAACUGCUAAAAGCCUCCAUCUGAUUCAGAGAAAUACAUUGACAGUGAUCCAGGUUUGGUUUUGUUACAAGAUGAUAACUUUGGUAUGAAAGAGAUUUCAACCCAAGUGGUUCAUGAUGUUGAUAGCAGAGCUGUUAUGUACUAAUAUACAUUUACUCUUAAAGACAGCUGUAGAUGACAAAGUAAUAAGUAAAUGUGAACUUUCUGAUUUACAUGCUCUGUUAACACAAAAUGAUAUUCAUAUUUUACAUUUUUCAUACAUCUUUAUUUUGAAUUUUAAAAUUAAAUCAAUACGCAACAGGAAAAUAACGUUACAGUUAGAUGAUCAUAAUUGAGAAGUACAAUGCAAAACGAUCAAUAAAGUAACGACAAAUUAACAAAAUAAUUAUGAAAAUUACAUGAAAUUGUUUUAAAAUCUGAUAAAGAAUAAAAAAUAAUUUUAAGUAAUAAUUUUGUUCAUGUACAAUAUUGAGUAAGUAUUUAAUUGCAUGUUCCCUCUGACAUGUCAUCCAAUUUAAUUAACAAUUUAAGAUGGGUUUAUCUUAAGUUAUCUACACUUGGUUUAUUUACUUCUACACUAUACUUGCUUCACUCUUUGCAAUUUGUAAGGUGAAAUAAACUAUAAAUAUUA